AUGGCCGAUGAGAUGGAAGUCAGGAACACCGCGUCCGCAAAUCAACAGGACGACAAUCACAAUAAAUCGCAACAGGGUUCGCGAAAUGGAUCGCAACCCUUGUUGCCGUUCAAUCCAGAUGAAGUACCCGAUAUAUCGAUCUACGAGCCCCCAUAUGUGCCGCUUCCGAGUUUCAAACGCACAUAUGAUGAGAUGCAGGGACCGGUGGAUGAACUACUGGAGCGGAUGGUGAAAAUGAACGAGGAUAUGAGAAAACGGAGGUUACUUGUCGAGAUGCAGGACAGGUACCUUGAAGAUCAAAGAUUGUUUCUUGAAGCUCGCGAGCGAGUUCGUCUCCAAGUAGAAGCUCAGCGUCGACUUACACGCAGUCUAGAAACGACUGCUUAUCAGCAGAAUGGGAAUGGUGUCCUCAAUGGUACCUACAAUACAAUGUCCAAUGGCGAAACCAAGGACGAGAUCACGAUUUUGGGUUCGGCUCGGAAAGGCGCAGCGAAUCGCGCCGCCAAUUCGAAUGAAUCAGUGGAAGAAAAUAUGAGCCCGUCCAAGUCUGCAGCUCCUGGGACACGAAAUCGAACCCCCCUCAGUUAG